GGCGGCUCGUGCGCGGCGGCGUCGCGCGGGGCGCUGAGGGAAGAUGGCGGCGGAGCGGGCGGAGGCGACGGGCGGCGGCGGCGGCGGCGGCGCCGGGGGGGGCGCGGGGGGGGAGAUGCCGCCGUACGCGGGCUGGGCCCCGGCGGAGCUGCAGGCCACGCUGGCCGGGAUCGGUGCCCCGGCCCAGGGGACCCGGGAGGAGCUGGUGGAGCGGCUGCAGGCGUACACCAUGCAGACGGGGAUCGUCCUGAGUCGCCCCGUCCUGCGCCCCGAGGAGGGGGACAAGGCCGCCCAGCCCCCGCUGCCCGCUCAGCUGCCCGGCCUGCCCCUGCAGCACCCAUUGGUGCCCCCUCCCCCGCCGGGGCUGGGGCUGAGCUACGGUUUGGGGGUGGGGGUGCCCCCCCCGCCGCCCCCCCCCGGGCUGCGGGGGCCGGGGGCCGAGGGGCUGUCGGAGGAGGAGCGGCUAACGCUAGCCCAGCAGCAAGCGGCCCUGCUGCUGCAGGAGGAGCGGGCCCAGCAGGGCCAGCACCCAUUUGGGGACAAGGCCAAGGAGCAGGAACUGCUGGAGCAGCAGAAGCGGGCAGCGGUGCUGCUGGAGCAGGAGCGGCAGCAGGAGAUGGCCAAGCUGGCACCCGCCGUGCCUCGGCCCCCCCCCGACGUGGCACCCAUGGGUGCCCGGGCCCCUCUGCCCCCCCGAGGCAGCACCCCCAUGGGCGCACCCAUGCCCGGGGUACCCAUGGGUGCUCCCCGUCCUCGCGGCCCCCCGCCGCCACCCGGGGAGGAGAGUCGAGAGCCGGACGACCCGACCGUGGGCCCCAAGAUCCCGCAGGCGCUGGAGAAGAUCCUGCAGCUGAAGGAAAUCCGGCAGGAGGAGCUGAUCACCGUGCCCGGGCUCUCGGCCGAGGACGAGAUGGAGACGGAGCCGCGGGCGUCGGCAUCGGCCUCGGAGGCGGAGGAGGACGCGGGGCUCUCCAAAAAAGAGCGCAACCGCAAACGCCGCAACCGCAAGAAGAAGAAACGGGGUCGGGCGGGGGCGCGGGAAGGGGCGCCCCCCCCAACCCGGGGGGACCCCGAAACCCCGGGGGACGCCCUGGCCGUGGAGAUCGAGUACGUCACCGAGGAACCCGAGAUCUACGACCCCAAUUUUGUCUUUUUUAAAAGGAUUUUUGAAGCUUUUAAGCUGACAGACGACGUGAAGAAGGACAAGGAGAAGGAACCGGACAAGACGGAUCGGCCCGAAAGUGCCACCGUCCCCAAAAAAAAGGGUUUCGAGGACGGGCACAAGGGCAGCGAGGACGACAGCUCCGAGGACGAGCAGGAGAAGAAGCCGGAGGUGCCCAAACUCUCCAAGAAGAAGCUGCGGCGCAUGAACCGCUUCACCGUGGCCGAGCUGAAGCAGCUGGUGGCCCGCCCAGAUGUGGUAGAGAUGCACGACGUGACGGCACAGGACCCCAAACUGUUGGUUCACCUCAAGGCCACCCGUAAUUCGGUGCCCGUACCCCGACACUGGUGCUUCAAGCGCAAGUACCUGCAGGGCAAGAGGGGCAUCGAGAAGCCACCCUUCGAGCUGCCCGACUUCAUCAAGCGCACCGGCAUCCAGGAGAUGCGCGAGGCCCUGCAGGAGAAGGAGGAGCAGAAGACGAUGAAGUCGAAGAUGCGGGAGAAGGUUCGUCCCAAAAUGGGGAAGAUCGACAUCGACUACCAGAAACUGCACGACGCCUUCUUCAAGUGGCAGACCAAGCCCAAGCUGACCAUCCACGGGGACCUCUACUAUGAGGGGAAGGAGUUUGAGACGAGGCUGAAGGAGAAGAAGCCGGGUGACCUCUCGGAUGAGCUGCGCAUCGCCCUGGGCAUGCCCGUGGGGCCGAACGCGCACAAGGUGCCCCCACCCUGGCUGAUCGCCAUGCAGCGCUACGGGCCCCCCCCCUCCUACCCCAACCUCAAGAUCCCGGGGCUCAACUCCCCCAUCCCCGAGCCGGAGGCCGCGCGGCCCAACCCCGCCGGCGUGGGCGGCAGCACCGGCACCCGCUCCGAGGGCCCCGCCGGCGGGGGGGGAAACGGGCAGGACCGCGGCGGUACCGGUACCGGUAUUGUCACGGUGAUACCGCGGCGUCAUGGUGGUACCGUCACGGUGAUACCGUCAUGGCGAUACCGGUACUGUCACGGUGAUACCGGUAUUGUUAUGGUGAUGCUGUCACGGUGGUACCGGCAGCGUCGUGGUACUGUCACGGGGAUACUGGUAUCGUCACGGUGA